ACGAAAGGGUGCGCAAUUGUGAAGAACUUGUCAACCACGACAUUGUGAUUACCACUUACGGUACGAUCGCAAAGGAGCACAGCAGGCCCAGUCGUCAAGUUCUAUACCGCAUGCAUUUUUUUCGAAUUGUACUUGAUGAAGCGCACAUUAUCCGAACACGACAGACUCAAAUUUUCACCGCGACUACAAAAUUGGCAGCGGUCCACCACUGGUGUCUCACAGGCACGCCAAUCUCGAACAAAAUUGACGACUUGUAUUCUCUUUUGAACUUUUGUCGCGUGCCGUUGCUUGGAGACCUAUUGGUCUUCCGCGAACACGUGGCGACUCUAUCGAGAAAGAAUUUCUGGCGCGGAUGCCGUAUUUUGAGAGAUGCACUACGACCCAUCUGCUUGCGUCGGAACAAGGACAUCAUUGGAUUAACUGACCCAGAGGCGGUUGAAAUAAGUGUUCAGCUCUCUUCAUCCGAGUCGAAGCACUAUCGCCAGAUCAUAGAAGCAGGUAGGAGAGCCAUAGAUGCAGCUGUGGGCGGGCGUACUGGCAAGUCCACACGGAACGUUAUGCUCAGAAUAUUACUGGAGCUACGAAUAUUCUGCAGCCAAGGGACUUUCCGACAGGACGGUCUGAUAUACGCCGAGCAGAAGCUGGAUCCGGAUGAGCUUUUUACAUUGCUGGAAGAAAGCGAGGACGCCUCUUGUGCUUCGUGCCGCGCGGAAAUCGCUGGUGUCAAUCAAGUCGACGAUGAAAGUUCCGGCGUCCUUGGAACUUGCUCUCAUGUCCUCUGCGCGACAUGCUACAAUGAACGGGCUUCAGAUGGGACACCAAAAGAGUGUCCUAUCUGCAAACAAAGUUUCGAAGCACAAGACAACAAUCUGGGCGGCAAUACGAUAAACACAUCAAGUGCAGCAGCGAAGCACUCUUCCAAAUUGGACGCAUUAGUGCAAAACUUGCUGGUGUCACAAAAUGCUCAAGCACCAGAGAAAAGCAUCGUAUUUUCAUAUUGGAGAAAGACCAUCGACCUCGCAGCAGACCUCUGCUCUCAGAGCGGUAUCCGAGCUGUAGUGGUUCAUGGCAAGACACCGCAUCACGAGCGAACCAAGAUACUGGAACAACUCGGAGAAGAUCCAACCAUUUCUGCCUUGCUCAUGACGAUCGGUACUGGUGGCUUAGGACUAACAAUCAAUGCCGCAUCACGGGUUUACAUCUUGGAGCCGCAAUGGAAUCCUUCCGUCGAGGAUCAGGCCAUCGGCCGAGUGGUCCGCUUAGGCCAAGACAAACCCAUCACGGUGAUCAGAUACAUUGUCAAGGACAGUGUCGAGCGCCAUAUUCAAGGUUAUCAGAAGCGUAAGAAAGCACUCGCUGCAAGUGGAUUCGGCCAUCGCAGUGACCAUACCUCGGCCGAAGAGACUGUGCGCUUGAAUGCGGCAUAUAUCGCUUAG